AUGUGCCCUCCUUUUCAAACAGGGAGGACAGAGAUGGGAGUGAGGAGGGAUGAGAGAGAGGAGCAAGGGAGGACAGAGAUGGGAGUGAGGAGGGAUGAGAGAGAGGAGCAAUGGAGGACAGGGAUGGGAGUGAGGAGGGAUGAGAGGGAGGAGCAAGGGAGGACAGAGAUGGGAGUGAGGAGGGAUGAGAGAGAGGAGCAAGGGAGGACAGGGAUGGGAGUAAGGAGGGAUGAGAGGGAGGAGCAAGGGAGGACAGAGAUGGGAGUGAGGAGGGAUGAGAGGGAGGAGCAAGGGAGGACAGAGAUGGGAGUGAGGAGGGAUGAGAGGGAUGAGCAAGGGAGGACAGAGAUGGGAGUGAGGAGGGAUGAGAGGGAUGAGCAAGGGAGGACAGAGAUGGGAGUGAGGAGGGAUGAGAGGGAUGAGCAAGGGAGGACAGAGAUGGGAGUGAGGAGGGAUGAGAGGGAGGAGCAAGGGAGGACAGAGAUGGGAGUGAGGAGGGAUGAGAGGGAUGAGCAAGGGAGGACAGAGAUGGGAGUGAGGAGGGAUGAGAGGGAUGAGCAAGGGAGGACAGAGAUGGGAGUGAGGAGGGAUGAGAGGGAGGAGCAAGGGAGGACAGAGAUGGGAGUGAGGAGGGAUGAGAGGGAUGAGAGGGAUGAGCAAGGGAGGACAGAGAUGGGAGUGAGGAGGGAUGAGAGGGAUGAAGAAGGUCGGACGGGGAUGGGGUGGAGAAGUUUCCAUGCCAACUCCCCUCUCAUCAUAUUCCUUUUCCAACCUAUCCCUUUCCCUACCAUUUACCCUUUCCUCUCGUUCAACAUCCCAUAG